UAUAUAAACAGCCGCUUGGCCGCAUUCCUUUUAGUUGUCAACAAGCAAGAGAAGAGCAAAAGCAAGAAAAGAGCAAGAGUAAAGAAAAUUUCAAGGCAAAGAUGAAGUUUUUGGUAUUUUUGGGUGUCCUCGUUGCAUCGGUGUUUGCCAGAAACAAAUUUCUCGAAGGCUGUGAAGGGAACAUCUACGGGUGCUGUCGGGACGGCAAAACAGAAGCCUUGGAUCGCUCCGGCAAGGGAUGUGGAGGCAAACCGGCAUAUCAGCCCAAGGCGUGCACCAAGUCGCGGUAUGGCUGCUGUUGGGACGACAGUCCAGCGUCCUCUUGGGACAAGACUCCCGGCUUCGGAUGCCCAGUCUGUCACGACAGUCGGCCCGUCCUGUGCCGGACAUUCCAAAAGUUCUGUACUUCAAGAGCUGGUCCGAUGGCCAGAAAGUUCCUAAGGCAGAAUUGUAAAAUGACCUGCAACUUGUGUUAAGGUCAUCCAAAGUCAUCAUCACAACAUACAAAGUCAUCAUCAUCACAUGCCAUUGCGCACAGGCUGGCAUAAGAGUGAACAGUUUUGUGUGCAACUGAUGUCGCACGAAUCCGCCUUUGUGCGGCUAUGACAAUGUGGUGUUAUCAAGGAGUUCACGCAUACACUUGAUGGAUUGCCAAGUCUAACAAACUAGAAGAAGGCUGCCUUAGGAUUCUUUAGCAUAAAAAAAUGAAAUUACGAUUAUUUUAGCAUUAGGGUUUACUUGUGAGGACUUAAGACUUAAGGGAUCACGACUAAUUGUUCCGUAAGUGAAAUAGAUAAGACCACCCACCAUUAAACAUGUCAUUAUACAGUCAUUAAAGUCUUUUUUUAUUAUUACACCAUCAACAAAGUUGUAACUGUUGACGUGAAAGAACACGUCAAGUGAUAUCAGACGUUUGUUUGUCUAUUUUCUAUUUUCGUGUGAGCUGACGAGCUUCUACGCCUUGCCUUGUUGUCAACUAUAAAACAAAACACAAACAAUUAAAGAUGAAAGAGUUUUACA